CACCAUCAAUUAUUGAUUAAACUAACAUGCGCUGCCACAAAUGCCCAACGGUGAGGAGCAAGCAACACUGCCAACCUUCAUGGGUGCUCCGAAACCCCCAACCCCAACCCUGUUGUGUAUAUAUAUAUAAAUGCCAAUGUUGUUUCUGCAUCUCAUAGUUGUCUCGUUCAGUCACUCCAUUACACCUUGCAUAUUAUCCGCCGUCUUUUCCCCGUUUUCAUUAGCUGCUGGGGCGUCUGGUAAAUUCCCGGCGGCUUAAUCAAGUUUCAGGGAAAAAAAAAAAAGGGAAGAAACGCCAUCUUUUCCGGCUUCUGUGGAUUAAUCAUAUAUUGUUGUUGUUAGUUCCACUGUGAAUCCUGUGGCAACAAAAAAUGGGCAAAUCGAGGGACGCUCAAAGCCUCCCAUAUUCCUACGCUGCUCUUCCGGAUGGACCCAAGGCCCUGGAAAAUCCGUCUCCCAAACCUUGGAAGAAGCAGAUUUGGGGGGUGUUUUUUGGGUUCUUACUGGUGGCUUUCCUCGUCGCCUUUCAGUGUUACGAGGCAUCCUAUAAUGCUCAUCCUCCCAAUUCUACAUUGCCCAAAUCUCAACCUGAACUUACCACAACGGUCGUCCCUUCCACCAAAUGGGAGCCCGUUUCCCGAGGUGUAUCGGCAGGGGUGUCCGAGAAGAGUAAUAACAGGUUGUUUGGCUCUUCCAUUACCGAAUCUUUUCCAUGGAACAAUAGCAUGCUCUCCUGGCAGAGAACGGCUUUUCAUUUCCAGCCCGAGAAGAACUGGAUGAACGGUCCUAUGUACUUCAAGGGAUGGUACCACUUCUUCUACCAAUACAAUCCUUAUGGUGCGGUUUGGGGUAACAUUAUUGUUUGGGGACAUGCAGUGUCGAAAGACCUCAUCCACUGGCUUCACCUACCCUUAGCAAUGGUUAAUGACCAAUGGUAUGACACAAGGGGUGUAUGGACCGGUUCUGCCACCAUCUUACCUGAUGGGCAAGUCAUCAUGUUGUACACUGGUUCCACUAACCAAUCAGUCCAGGUUCAAAACCUAGCCUAUCCUGCUGACCCAUCUGACCCACUCCUCAUCAAUUGGGUCAAACACCCUGGCAAUCCAGUUCUUUUACCGCCACCCGGCAUUGGCUUUAAAGACUUUCGUGAUCCAACCACUGCCUGGCUUACAUCAGAAGGCAAGUGGCGUAUCAGUAUCGGGUCGAAAGUUAACAAGACAGGCAUCUCCUUAGUUUACGACACUAAGGACUUCAAGACUUUUGAGCGUAUAGAAGGAGUAAUGCAUGCUGUGCCGGGCACCGGUAUGUGGGAAUGUGUGGACUUUUACCCUGUCUGCACAAAAUCUGAUAAUGGGUUAGAUGCCUCUGCGAAGGGGGCAGAUGUGAAGCAUGUGGUCAAAGUUAGCCUGGAUGACGAUAGGCAUGAUUACUAUGCAAUUGGGUCUUAUGAUGAAAAGAAGGUUAAGUUCACAGCUGAUGAUUCCAAGAAUGAUGUUGGUAUUGGACUUAGGUAUGACUAUGGCAUAUUCUAUGCAUCCAAAACUUUUUAUGAUCAGAACACCGAGAGGAGAGUAUUGUGGGGCUGGAUUGGUGAGUCGGACAGCGAAGUUGCUGAUAUUGCCAAGGGAUGGGCUUCGGUUCAGAGUAUUCCAAGAACCGUGGUGCUUGAUAGGAAGACAGGCAGCAAUUUACUUCAAUGGCCUGUUGAGGAGGUGGAGAAACUGAGAUUGAGGAGCAAUGAGUUCAAAAAUAUAAAGGCUGAGCCAGGGUCUGUGGUGCCAUUAGACAUAGAAGCAGCCAAUCAGUUGGACAUUGUUGCCGAGUUUGAGAUGGACAAAGAAGCUUUUGAGAAGGCAGCUUACUCCAACUUGUCGUACAUCUGCAGCACUAGUGGUGGAGUUUCCAAACGUGGUGCUUUGGGACCUUUCGGUCUUAUGGUCCUAGCAGAUGCGGACCUUUCUGAAUACACUCCAGUCUACUUUUAUGUCACUAAAGGAAGUGACGGAAAUCUCAAGACUUCAUUCUGCUCUGAUCAGACCAGGUCUUCCUUGGCAAACGAUGUUCAUAAACAUAUUUAUGGGAGUUUCGUUCCAGUAUUGAACGAUGAGAAGUUAUCUGUAAGGAUACUGGUGGACCAUUCUAUAGUUGAAAGCUUUGCACAAGGAGGAAGGACUGUCGUGACAUCUAGGGUUUACCCAACAAGAGCAAUCUAUGGAGCAGCUCGCUUGUUCUUGUUCAAUUAUGCCACAGAGGCUACUGUCACUGCCUCAGUGAAAGUUUGGCAGAUGAACUCUGCAUUCAUACGGCCAUACCACCCCAACCAGAGCAGUUAAAUGCAGGGAAAGAUGUGAGAUAAAAAAUGCAGGGAAAUGUUGUACAUAGAAAGGCCAUCAUCUCAAUAUAUCCGACUUCUCAAGGUUCGAAUUUGGAUAUCCCUGGGGGAAUCUGGUCUCACCGAGAAAGAAUGCAACAUUCUGAUGGGGUGAUAGGUCACAACUCCCUCGGAGUAAGAUGAUGUUGGGUAGUGUAUUGAUAUUAGUUUGUAGGAGGGAUCAGUCUAAGGUUCAUCUUGUACAAUUUUUGUUUUAUUUUUUGGGAAUCAGUUAGCCAUAAGUUCUGGAAUGGUUCUCGUUUGUAUUUUUUUUUUUAAGAGUAUAGUUAUUGCUGCUUCCUUUCAGUUUCAAAUAUAACAAAUAUAAAUCGUCGAAUAAUCUGUUCACGCGA